AUGACUGACCACGCAACAGAUCGCAACCGAAUGCCACCUCCUCCACUUCCACCGUCCUCUCGCCAUUCAUCGGCUGCUCAUACCAUGACAGCUUCUUCAUCAGGGUCCAGCAUUGCAUCAUCUGGUUUAUUCUCCGCGGCAACUAAGGCAGAAACAUUACGAAUUGCUGCUAACAAGCCCCGCAUUAUUCAGAUUCCUGUAUGGGAGCAAGCUGGACUGUUUAUCUUCAACUACAAAAACACCCAAAACGCAAUUCCUCUCUGCGGAUCUUGCCAUACCGAGUUCGAUAUGUCACUUGACCCUGGAUACGUUUUUUUCCCAACAGAUAUCCAGUACUUCAUUGAUUUUGAACUCCGGGAUCGUGCUCGCCGAGAGCAGAUCGCAGCAGAUACUGCACUCCCUAUCUCAGCCCUUUCGCGGCAGGUACCGACAAGUGCAGACUACAAGCAACAUGAAAUUGACUCAAACCAAAUAUCGCCCACCGCCAUCGGAGGCCGAUACAACCGGGUAUUCUUAAAACAAUUCCUCCACAACGGUCAAAUCCCAGGGAUUGAAAAAACCUUCUCAACUCCAAAAGAAUGGCACGGUGCCCCCCUUGCGUCUAUUCGUCGUACGUUUGCCGCCCUUGCAAGCCCGCGUUUCUUUAUCAUCGUCGAUGCCGGUACUCGUCACAAGCUUGAAGAACUACGGCAGCUAUACUUCAGUGACGACCGCCUUUCAUCUGAACAAGUCUCUCUGCGUGAUGUGUAUCGGCCACAAGUCCAGACAAGUAAGAAGCACCAGCUAGAUGACCAGACGAAUGACGAGUCGGGACGUUACAACAAAAAAGCCAAAUAUCAGGACACAGGGUUUGCUGGAACGGCUUCCGCAGCAAACCAGUGCCGCGAAUAUACCGACUGGGUUUUGGGCCCCGAGUCGACGACAAAUGACGUCGUCAAGUUGUAUGCGCCAGUUUUCUCCUCAUACUAG